UGAUGGUCUGCCACAGUUUUUAGUAGUACCUGAUGGAAACACAAACCCAUAAACCUCACCGUCCAGCCCAGUCUGGCUCAAAAGCUGAAAAGAAAGGCAAGGGAAAACAAAAAACGGGGUUCAAUGAAAAGGCAUUUGCACCAAAAUCCGGGCGACGUGCCGAUCGCCAGGCCCGGAGAAACGUCGAGCGUGAUGAAGCUCGUCUUCAUGUCCCUCUCGUAAACAGAACGCCUGAUGAUGAACCCCCACCAGUCAUCAUCGCAAUCGUUGGGCCUCCAGGCGUAGGCAAGACCACUCUGCUCAAAAGCCUCGUCAGAAGAUACGCAAAGCAGACAUUGUCCGAAGCCAAGGGUCCGAUCACUGUGGUUGCUGGAAAGAAAAGGAGACUCACAUUUAUCGAGUGUAAUAGCGACCUCAAUUCUAUGAUCGACAUCGGUAAGGUCGCCGACCUCGUUCUCCUCAUGAUUGAUGGCUCUUACGGCUUUGAAAUGGAAACGUUUGAAUUCCUCAACAUCCUCCAGGCUCAUGGUUUUCCAAAAGUCAUCGGCAUCCUUACUCAUCUCGACCUCAUCAAAAAACAAGCCACCCUCAGGGCUACCAAAAAACUACUCAAAAGACGCUUCUGGAAUGAGAUAUAUCAAGGCGCGAAACUUUUCUAUCUCUCUGGUGUUCUCAACGGUCGUUAUCCCGAUACCGAGAUCCUUAAUCUUUCCCGUUUCAUCAGCGUCAUGAAGUUUCGACCCCUUGUCUUUAGGAAUACUCACCCAUACCUUCUUGUGGACAGGAUAGAAGACUUGACGCCGCGCGAGGAAAUAAGAAUCUCGAAAGGUCGGUGCGAUCGCACUGUGACCCUAUAUGGUUACUUGCGAGGGACAAAUUUGCGGCAAAGCACCAAGGUGCACAUCCCUGGUGUAGGCGAUAUGGAUAUAAAAACAGUGACAAAGCUCGGCGACCCAUGUCCCUUGCCAGAUGCGGAUUCUGAGAAACGAAGAAAGUUGAGCGAAAAGAAGAAACUUCUUGUGCAUGCACCCAUGAGCGAUGUUGGUGGUGUUAUGUACGACAAGGACGCUGUGUGGAUUAAUGUCCCUGGUAACUUCACAAGAGGAGCCACCGAUGUUCCUCAUGGCGAGGGUGAGCGAAUGGUCAUUGACCUACAAGACGUCGAUGAGACACUUGAAGAGACAGUGGCCCGGAGCAACAUCCGCCUUUUUGGUUCUUCGUCAAAUCCACUGACUAUUGAUACCCGACAUCAUAAUAGAGAAAACAGCUACGACGACGACGAUGCCGAGGAGGACGACGAUGCUUCACAGGGCGACAGUGAGUUUGAGGAGGAAGAAGAGGUAUUCUCGGAAGACGAGCAGGACGAUGAAGGGAGUGGCGAAGAGGACGAGCAGUUCCGCACCGGCUCUUCAAAUACAGGCCGUCACGCAGCACGCACCAUCGUGCGCUCUACACAUGGUUUUUCCAGCAAGGAAAAGGAAGAAGGAGAUGUUGCUUUUGCUGACUCUGACUCCGAACUUGGGUUGUCCGAUGAUGAAGGCCGUGGCAGAGCAGGUGAAGUCAUGUAUGCUGACGAUGAAAAGGAGAUUUUGAGCGAUGACGAGGAAGAGUUUGAUGAAGACAACGAGGAUAAUGUGCCAGCGUGGAAAUCCGGACUGGCUGCGAAAGCAAGCGCUGCAUUCGAGGAGCUCAACCGUCGGAAGCGGCGUAAAGACUGGGUUGCGAUGAUUUAUUCCAGUUCGCUUAGUCCAGAACAGAUUGCCAAUGGCGCCGACAAACCUGGGGUCAAACCGGACGAAAUAGAUGAUGACUUCUUCCGGGUGAACGGCUCCGGUGCUACGAACCAAGAUGAUCUGGACAUGACGAAAGAGGCGCUGUCUCUUGGUGCGCUGAGGGAGUGGGAAGAUGAGGGAGUUUUGGAUUCUCUAAGGACGCUAUUUAUCACAGGAGAUCAUGACGGUGGCGAGGCAGACCAGGAAAUGAAGGCCCACGAAAACCCAGAAGGCGCUGACCUCGUCGACCUGGAAUCCAGGAAAGCCCAACCUGCUCCCACUGAAUUCGAGGGCAUUGAUGCCGAGACUCGUGCCCUUAUCGAGGGUUAUCGGCCUGGAACAUAUGUGCGCAUAGAACUUGCUUCAGUCGCUUGCGAAUUCAUCGAACACUUCGACCCAUGCUACCCUAUCAUCGUCGGUGGACUACUGGCUGCAGAGGAGCGUAUGGGAUACCUCCAAGUUCGCAUUAAGCGCCACCGCUGGUUUGCACGUACAUUGAAGACGAAUGACCCGCUUAUCUUUUCCCUCGGCUGGAGGCGCUUCCAGAGUGUCCCCAUAUAUUCACUCGACGACCAUUCGAUCAGGAUGCGCAUGUUGAAAUAUACGCCAGAGCACAUGCAUUGCUAUGCGUCGUUCUAUGGCCCAGUUGCGCUCCCAAACACAGGUUUUUGUGCAUUUAACGCGCUCUCAGGGGAGACUGUUGCAUUCAGAGUAAGCGCGACUGGUGUGGUCCUGGACAUUGACCGGUCAACAAAAAUCGUGAAGAAGCUGAAGCUUACGGGUGUGCCGUUCAAGAUUUUCAAGAAUACAGCAUUCAUCAGGGACAUGUUCACUAGCGCUCUGGAGGUGGCGAAGUUCGAAGGUGCGAGCAUCCGGACGGUAUCUGGCAUCAGAGGUCAGGUAAAGAAAGCGCUGAACAAGCCGGAGGGUGCCUUCCGUGCCACAUUUGAAGACAAAGUGCUGAUGAGCGAUAUCAUUUUUCUAAGAGCGUGGUAUUCAAUCCAACCUCGCAAAUUCUACAACCCUGUCACAUCUCUCCUUCUGUCCGACAAGUCACGCUGGUCUGGCAUGCGCUUAACAGGUCAAAUUAGACGAGAUGAAGGGCUGAAAACUCCACUGGCUGUCAACUCCACCUACAAACCGAUAGAACGCCCCGCCCGACGAUUCAACACGCUUAAAGUCCCGAAGAAGCUACAAGCUGCUCUUCCAUACGCCUCAAAACCCAAACUUAUGAAGCCUCAGAGCAAGCAGACCUACAUGCAAAAGCGUGCUGUCGUACUAGAGCCUGAGGAGAAGAAAGCAAUCGCACUACUUCAACAGAUUCGAGCGCUGCGCAAGGAUCAAAUAGCACGGCGUCGUGAAAAGCAACAAGUGCGCAAGGAGACACAUCGCAAGAAGAUUCAAAAGGACGAGGCUAAAGAUGCAGAAAAGGAGAGGGAGAAAAAGAAGGUGUAUAUGAGAGCUGCAGGGAUGAAGAGUAAGAGGGAAGCCGAUGUUGAGGAAGGAAGAUCAAGGAAACGGAGGAAGACUUGAGUCCAAGUGACAUGAUGCACAGCCUAUGUAUUAGUUAUUGUGGUAAUUCUAAUAUUUGAGAGAGGCGCUG